GCCCUUUUCUCUCUCCUCGUUCACUUUUCAAGGAAACGAAGAAGAAGAAGAAGAAGAAGAAGAAGAAGAAGAAAGUAGCAGCGAAGAUGAAGAAAUCCAAGCAUCCUACUAUUAGGGUUUUUGGCCAGAGAUCGAUUGAUCCAUCCUUCAUGAAUCUCCGCACAAACCCUUCGAUGGAUUCCGGUGGCAGUCAGACGAAGAAGGUGGAGAAAUGUGUAUCGUUUUCGGAUUUCCUCGACAGGAAGCUGAACAAAUCAGUGCUUUAUAAACCAAACGAUGUGGAAAGACCAAGGCCUUUUACCACUUUGGUUAGCUCCAACAGUGUCGCUGAACCCUCUCAUGGGUUUGAGAUUAAAAAAAGAGCAAGGCAAGAGGAUAGAAGUGGCAAUGCUCUUGAAAAGACAGUGCUUCUACCGUUCAAGUCGAAAGAGAAUCAAAUAAGUGAAGAAGAGGGAAUGAAUGUUCUUGAUAAAGAGAGCCUGGAGCAGUUGAAGCAAACCACUGCUGAUAGGAUGGAUCAUAUGGCUCCAUGUAGCACUGAAACCAUUGAACAUGCAUUUCUGAAGGACGAGAAUGCACCGAGGAAAAGAAAGGAUCCUUUUGAAGGAAUGGAUGUAAAAGGCAAAACUCGAAGGCCUGUUCUUGUCCUUGGAGACAACCCAGAAGUAUCAAACCCAAUACGAAGGAGAAGAAGGGAACGGGCUAGCAGCAGCAGCAGCAAGAGGCACAGACCAGCAUAUAACCACUAUGCAAAUGGUUCAGGAUGGUGGGACUGUGACAUGGAAGGAGUCGACAGCGAAGAAGUAGGAUAUGGUGAAGUGUGGGAAGGGGUUGGCUCCACCACAUUCGGAGAUAUCGUUGACUGGCACUAACCAACUAACUGCUCUAUAAGCGAAUGCUGAUGAGAAAAGGAUCAGCUAACUGAAGGAAGAUCCUUGUGGCUCAAACCUCUGAUGUUUCUUGCUGUUGAAACUGUGUAAUUUCAGGACAAUACCACCAUGGAUCCUCUCAAACUAGUUUGCAAGUUUAUAUGUAAUGAAGUAUUUUAAGUGUGUA